GCGGGGCGAGCGCGGCAGUGGAGCUCAGCGCCGCCGGAGCCGCUCGGCCGUGCCCGGGGAGCGUCCGCCGCGGGAGCCCGCUGCAGAUGAGGAGUUUGAGCUGGCCUUUUUGGUUUCACCUCUCCUCCAUCAAGUUGAAGUAGGAGACUGAAGGUGUGUUUAUAGCACACAGAAGCAUGAGGCAGCAGAAGACCUGAGCUGGGGGAAACCAAUAUCUCCGUGCAGCUCUGUUGGAUGCAACACAGAGGAAUCCACAGUACACAGUCCUCUCUGGAACUCCUGUGAUGUCAAAGCACUCCUGGAUGAAGAUGAGCUCCAAGGUGGCUGUCCUCAGACAGAGAGAUUAAUGAUAAGGAAAAGUGGAUAGAGGAGGGACCCCAGACGAGUCCGGCACCCAGCAGCAAAGGUUGAGCAGCCUGGACCAGGGCAUUAGGGACCUGAAGCAAGGAUCCUGCCUGAUGCACAUCUAGUACAACCUACAUUCUUGAGAAGAACAAGUAUUUCUCUGGAGGCCUGUCCCCUUGAAGCAGCACACAGGACACACUGUCUAGAAAGAGAUACAUGGGACACACUGACAAUUAAAGACUAGACAACACUGUGCUUCAAGUCCCAAGAUUUGUGAAGGAAGAAGUGGAUCGAGGAACCUGAAGACCAUGGAGGGAGACUGUCUGAGCUGCAUGAAGUACCUGAUGUUUCUUUUCAAUUUCUUCAUAUUUCUGGGGGGAGCAUGCCUGCUGGGAGUUGGGAUCUGGGUCAUUGUGGAUCCCACAGGCUUUCGAGAGAUAGUGGCUGCCAACCCUCUGCUCUUCACGGGAGCCUACAUCAUGCUGGCCAUGGGAGCCAUGCUGUUCCUGCUGGGUUUCCUGGGCUGCUGCGGUGCCAUCCGUGAGAACAAGUGCCUCCUGCUUUUUUUCUUCAUGUUUAUUUUGCUAAUCUUCCUGGCAGAGCUUUCAGCUGCAAUCCUGGCUUUUAUCUUCAGAGAAAACCUGACCAGGGAGUUUUUCACCAAGGAGCUGAAGAAGCAUUACCUGAGGAACAACGACACGGAUGUCUUCUCUUCCACCUGGAACUCGGUGAUGAUCACGUUUGCCUGCUGUGGAGUGAAUGGACCAGAAGAUUUUGAAGCUGUUCCCCAUCCUUCAUACCCUUUGGAGAAAGCAACACCAGAGGCUUGUUGCCAGCGAGAGCUCCAGAGCCGGGAAGGGAUGAUUGUCAACAGGGAAGCGUGUCUGAAAGGCAUCGAGAGGUUUCAGAACCGGCAGGGCUGUUACACUGUGAUCCUGAACUCCUUUGAGACCUACGUGUACCUUGCAGGAGCCCUCGCCAUCGGAGUGUUGGCCAUUGAGCUCUUCGCCAUGGUCUUUGCUAUGUGUCUUUUUCGAGGGAUCCAGUAAGAGGCAGCCCAUGAACCACCACGUUCCCCACACGCUCGGAAGAAAGAAGGAAGAUCACGAGGAACAAAACCCGAAAGCACCCAAAAACCUUUAUUUUUGUUAACAAAAUGGGGCUGGGGGUGGGGGGGGAAGAAAAGGAAAAAAAAGACAAGAAAAAAACAAAAAGAGGGUUGUAAUAUAUGAAUGACCAAAAGGAUUGUACUUCAGGGGCUGGAACUUUGAGGUGAUGUGCACUACACUGUAGAGCGGGCCGCUGCCCCGAGCCCGAUGGAGGCGGUGCGGGCAGAAGGACGGGCUCAUGCCGCACGCAGCAGCGGCCUGAGGGACACACACGUGGGGGAUCCCUGAGGCAACAGGUUGGCUGAAGUCUGUCGCUGCCCAGGUGGGUUUGAAAGAAGUGGUGGUGGCUCAGCUGAGAAGUCUGCGCUCAUCAUUUGCUGUCACUCCCAGCCACGGAAUGGAAAUACCCUUCAGUGGAAGCUUUGCCUCUGCCACCUGAAAGUCGUCAGCAGAGCCCAGCACCUCGGCCAGGAUGGCUCUUCCCUGCAGUGGGCUCGCAGAGCGAUGGGGCCCAGCUGAGGCUGGCUGGGGGUCAAGAGUUUGGUGCCUGCCUUUCUGGUUUUACUAUGUAUGAUUUACUGUUUGUUGUUGUGAGAGAGACCAAAUGGUUCCUUGCUGUGCUCAUGUCUCCUGGGAAAAAUAAUGGCUCUGGUCAAGAAUCCCUGAAACUGCUGCCUUCCUGCGAAGGGGAGGAAAUGGUGUUUAAAUCUUGUCAGCCUUUGCCUUUCCCUUCCUACCUGCAAAAAACGGUUUGUGGUGCUCUGUUAGCAUCAACUUCUUGUAGCAUUCCCCCAUGCUUCCCGGCCCUCAGGGGAGCCCAGGCACGGAGUGGGACAGAGGGGACCCAGGUUUGUCAGCCUGUCCCAUGCUCGUCACCUGAAACAGUUUGAUGGUGCCAUUCCUGCUCGGAGGAUUUCCCCUGAGAAUCUCCCCUGGGGCAUGUGACCAAAGUGUCAAGCCAGAACUGGUUCCAUCUGCUUGUUGGUUGAGAGUGUUUCCUCCCUUGAAGAGACACGUCAUCUACUUAAUCACUUAGCUUGAGAAAGCAGCCUGGGGCCAGACCUUGGUCAGAGGGGAAGGUGGCAGCGUCACCCGGGGCAGUGAGGCCGCAGGAAGGCCCCAGGAGUCCCCCGGCUGAGCAGCUGCCUUGCCCUCGCUGCUUGCUCUCCCCUGCUCUGGCCACUCACUCCUUGGCCCCAGAUUCAUGUCACCUGGGGGAAGACAGAGGGGCUGCGGUUUCUUGUUCGGUUGGGGCCUUUUUACAGGUUUCCCAGGACGCUGAUGGAGGCGUGGAGCAGCAGGGAGCCCAGCAGCGGCCUCAUGCCCUGGCCUGGCAGCAGCAGGGCCACGCUGGGCCCGACGCUCAGGCCCUGCAGCAGGAAGCUGAAGAUGCUGGCUGAAGAGCCGGGCUGGGGCAGCAGGACAUCACGGGACAGCAAGGAGGCGUUAGAGCUUUUGCAAGCUUGGUUGGAGAAGAGCAGUUUGCUGAGCAGCAGGUGCAGCACGUUCCAGCAACGGGACCGGCGGCCAGCAAACCUUGCGGAAGGCGGCUGUGGGCUGUUUCCCUCUCAGACCUCCUUGUAACGAGGCUUUUUAGCAUUACCUUUUGGUCUGCAGCUUAAUGAAGGAGAACAGUGUAGCUAGCCAAAAAUCCAGCAGUGUGUGUACCCAACAGCAGGUGCUGUGCUUAAGAUAGGAAAAAAUCUGUUUCAUCUGGUAAAGUUGCAAGGAAGGGGCUGAGCAGGAGGCGAGUCUGCUCUGCUGCUGCCUCAGGAGCUGCUCUGGGGAGCAGCUCCCAGGGGAGGAGCAGAAGCAGAGCAGAGAGGGCAGUUUGGCUGGAGGGGAGCGAGAGAGGCUGGACUGCCUCCCCCAGUCUCCCCUGUUUGUUACACAGAGGCCUGGCUCUCACGUCAGAGCCUGGAAGGCAAAGACCCUGAUUUGUGGGAGUGGGAUAAAAAACAAAAGGAAAAGCCUUAAAGCCUGUUUUCUGCCACCAGUGGCACAGGGGGGAACUGUCAGAGCUGGGGAGCUGGACCAAAGCAGCCCGAGCAUGAAGCGAUGAACAGACACACCUGAAGCAGGAUCUUGUCUUUCUCUUUGGCUUUCCCAACUGUGUUCUCAUUGCUUUGUCAGCGUUUAGCUGUCUCACUUCCCUCUCUCCCAAGUGGCAGGAUCUUCAACAGUCCCUGUUAUUAAUCCAUUACACUGGCUGUUUCUCCUCCCUUACCUUGCCUGCUAUCCCCUCACUGCUCUUUUCUGGAUGCCCUCUCUGUGGCUGGGAACACAGCCUGACACCCCAGCAGGCUGGAAACCGACCAGAGCCAGCUGUAAAGCUCCAGGCAAGGCUGCCAGCACCUGGGGAAGCCGCUAAGGGGCAGAAGGACAUUCUCCCGGGGGAGUUUAAUGACCAAGCAAGCUCAGGGGGAAGCAGCAGCCUCCCCGACUGGCAAAACAGUGGGGAGCUCGUUGUUGAGCCUCAUCCCUCGGUUACGUGGCCAACCCCUCUGUUGUACAGUGGUUUUCAGCACAGGAGGCAGGAGAGGCAACUGUAUUUUUAUACUGAACACCUCUGGUGACUGUUUUGGGGCUGGGGCUCAAGGCAGAGUGAGUGCUGGCUGGGGAGCAGAGGCGGCUGCAGCACCAGGCCCAAGCACCUUGGCUGGAUGGGGCAGCAGGGGGAGAGAGCACCCCGUGCCCAGAGCCUCCCCCUCCUCCCUAUUAUUUAAUGCUCAAAGGACUGUCAGAGAGGCCUGGGAAAAGGGCUGCCUGUGAAAUAAUGUUUGAAAUCUAUUUUAAAAAUACAAACCAAACCUGUAAAUGUUCUUUUUAUUAGAUAGUGGAGCUAAUUUAUCCUGUAUUCCCUACUGUAAUGCUUUUUUAUAUGGAGAGGAGUUUUUUUGGGGGGUAAUAUAAAGCCGACACGAGGCUGAAGCCCUCGGCCCCGUGUUGGUGUGUGUUUCUUAGGAAAUAAACCACACUAAAAUAAAAGAGAUUGUGACCGUGAAGUGAAA